AUGGCCGCCCUCGUGAGCGCCCGGAGCAGGCCCCGGCCGAGCGGCGGCGGCAGCGGCGCCGGCGGCAGCGGCCCGCCGCCCCUGGCCGACCCGGCCGGCGGCGCGCCGAGCACGUCCGCCGCGUCCCGCAGUGCCGACGUUGCGCGCGUCGCGCUCGCGCUGUCGCGCCGUGGCUACACGGUGAUUGUGCGUCGUGUGCUGCACUCCAAGACCUACUGGACCAAGUCCUUUGACAAUGCCUUCAUCGUGGCGCUGGACACCAGCAGCGAAAUGGGGGUGGAGUACAUAGUGGACCCACAUUUCAGAGACCUCUUCCGCACUGCCGCCAUGAGCCCGCAGUACAGCGCCGUCUGGGAGGCGCUGCCGCCCGUGUUUGUCGGCAUGCCCUGCCAGAUGCAGCCCGUGGUGCAGCUGCUUUGCGAGGAGGUGGAGACCGCCUUCCUUGAGGCAGGCCGCCCCUGCCCGCCAUGGAGGGGCUGGGCUGCGACCAUCAACCGGUGGAUGUCUGACCAAUUCGUGGACAUCCAGGUGCCGCCCCAGGGGGCGCCCGAGGCGGAGGUCGCGUCGUUCGUGGCGCGCUGCAGCAGCCCGGCCGGGGGCGCCGCGCCGGCGCCGGAGUCGUCGCCAGCCUCGUCGGCCGCCCCGGCGUCAGCGGCCGGCCUUUCGGCUGCGUACGGGCGGGGGCCGGGCAGCGCGAGCGGCGUGGACGGCGCGGCGGCGCUGCGCAGCAGCGGCGGUGGCGGCGGCCGUGUUGUGCAAGGGCUGGCGGCGAGCAGGCCGUCCGACGGUGUGGCCAGCAGCUUCGCAAGCAGCUGCGGCGUCGCGGCCAGGCGCCAGGUGCAGCAGCCGUUGCGGGCCCAAGUGGGGUUCGACGCGCUGCCGCCGCUGGGGCAGGCGCUGCUGCCGAUCGCGGCCCAGGCGCCGCCGCGGCUCGGCGCGGGCGGGACGGUGUUGCCCGCACAGCGCGCCGCAGCCGCUCAGGGCUGCGCGGCGGCCCCUUCCGAGACACAGCAAGACUCUGUGAGCACCGGCGCGGCCGCCGCAGCAGCAGCAGCGGCUCUCAGACGCUUUGCCGGCGGCGGCCCCAGCUACCCGUGCGAGCCUAAAGCGGCGCACGAGCAGAGCCGCUGCGCGAGCGGCGCCGACGCCGCCAUUGGCGGCAGCAGCGACGACGACGAUGCGUCGAUCGUCUACGCGUCGGGCAGCGCGGGUGGGAGCAGCAGUCCGUUGCGGUUGGAUGGCGCGUCGCCCGGGCCGGGCAGCCCCGGGGCGGCCAGCGGGGUGAGCACGCUUUUUGAUGAGGACGAUGAGGAUGAUGAGGAGGCGGGCGGCGUUGUGCCUAGGCGGCCAGGCGCGUCGGCGUCAUGGGCAGAGGGCCGCCGCGCCGCCGCCUGGGGCAGCGGCGGCUGCGGGCCGGCGGCGGGGGCCGUGGCGGCCCCGCGCGGCCGUGCGCCGGGGCAAAGCGCGCCGCCGCGGCAGGGGCUGCUGGCGGCGCACCUCCAGCAGGCACAGGCGAACCGCGCGCUGCUGUUCGGCAUGCAUGCCCCCGUGCCCCGCUGCUUGUAA